UGAAGUCCUGCGCUCCCUCAGGCCGUGGAGGCGAUGCUGGCUGCUGCGGGGCGGGCGGCUGGGCGGACGGGGAUGUGACGGGUCUGCCCCUCGCCUCUCUUCCAUCCUCGGGCCUGCAGGUCGCUGGGCGACCCGCAGCCGGGCCGCGGCCGAGGAGGCAGCGCGACCUCCGCACGAUUCUGUCAACUUUUAAGAACAAAUGCACCUUAUAGCUCAUGGAAGAAAAAACACAAAUCAAGACGUUUUUGGGUUCCAAGCUGCCAAAGUAUGGAACAAAACCUACGAGAAGCACACUGCAACCAAUGCCAAAUGGGGCCGCUGUGGCUUUGUUAGGGACUUCCAAGAGUAGUAAUGUCAAGAGUUACAUCAAAAAUAAUGGCUCUGAUUGCUCCCUGUCCCAUUCGUUUAAUUGGAGACAAGCAAAUAAAUACCAACUUGGUUCACAAAAUACAGCAGAACUUAAUAGUAUUCAAAGUACACAUGAUAAACUAAUCGAUCCUGAGCACCAUGCUGCUGCUCCAGGAACGCCUGAUGGGAAUGGGAUAAAGGGAGGUUUGAAAAGUGCUUCCUUGUUCACAUCCAAGUUAGCAAGACCAUCCACCAUGUUUUUGUCAUCUACAGAGGAGUUAAAUCAAAAAUCUUUUUCUGGACCAUCUAAUUUGGGUAAAUUCACCAAAGGCACAUUACUAGGAAGGACUUCAUAUUCUUCGGUCAAUGCUAAGUCACAUUUGAAUACGUUUUAUAGGAACCGAUCACCUGGUAACAUGCAGAAGCCAAGAGUGAACUCCUGUGCCACCAGAAGCAGUUCUGGAGAAAGUUUAGCACAGUCUCCAGACAAUACUAAAUCUAUUACUUGUGAAAAAAUGGUAAGGUCACAAAGUUUUUCACAUUCCAUUCAGAAUUCCUUCCUUCCGCCUUCAUCUAUAACCAGAUCACAUUCCUUCAACAGAGCUGUAGACCUUACAAAGCCUUAUCAGAACCAACAGCUACCCGUUCGAGUGCCUCUCCGGUCAGGUAUGCUAACGAGAAAUUCUCGGCAGUCAGAAGUACUCAAUGGGAAUGAACACUUGGGGUUUGGUUUUAAUAGGCCUUAUGCUGCUGGUGGAAAGAAAUUGGCUUUAUCCAAUGGCCCAGGUGUAUCUUCCACUUUGGGCUAUAGGAUGGUUCAUCCCUCUCUACUGAAAUCUAGCCGACCUCCAUUUUCUGGGACUAUGACAGUUGAUAGUAAUAAAAAUUCUCCUGCUGGCAUGUGUGUAGAGGAAGAAGCUAUAGUUUCGGCGAAGGAUGGCUCUACUGGUAAGGACCAAGAACUAGUUGAAAAUGAAAGUUAUCGAACAGACAAUGAUCAGACCAUGAAGCAUGAUUCUAAAAUUAGGUACCUGAGUGAUGAUGUGGAUGAUAUUUCCUUGUCAUCUUUGUCAUCUUCUGAUAAGAAUGAUUUAAGUGAAGAUUUCAGCGAUGAUUUUAUAGACUUAGAGGACUCCAACCGAACUAGAAUAACCCCAGAGGAAAUUACUCUCAAAGAAGAAAAGCAUGACAAUGGACCAUCAAAGGAUAUAUUUGAUUCUCCUAAGGAAAAUGAACAGAUCUUCAGUAAAGCUGAUGAGUGGAUAGAUAUAAGUGUCUCUGACAGGAGUGAAUGUACAAAGCAUACCUCUGGAAAUAACUUGAUUUCACCAGAUACGGAUUACAGAGCUGGGUCUUCAUUUGAACUCUCUCCAUCCGAUAGCUCUGAUGGAACGUACAUGUGGGAUGAAGAGGGCCUGGAACCCAUUGGAAGUGUCCAUCCUGUUGGCAGCUAUGAGUCCUCCGAAAUGAACAGCAUAGAUAUUCUGAAUAAUCUUGAAUCGUGUGACCUUGAGGAUGAUGACCUUAUGCUGGAUGUGGAUUUGCCGGAGGACACGCCUCUUGAAAAUGUGGAGUGUGACAAUAUGAACCGCUUUGACCGAUCAGACAGAAAUGUACGCCAGUCACAGGAUGGAUUUUGGAAAAGAGCACCCCAGAGGUGGAGUGGACAGGAGCAUUAUCACCUUAGCCACCCUGAUCACUAUCAUCACCAUGGGAAAAGUGACUUGAGCAGAGGCUCUCCUUAUAGAGAAUCCCCUUUGGGUCAUUUUGAAAGCUAUGGAGGGACCCCCUUUUUCCAGGCUCAGAAGAUGUUUGUAGAUGUGCCAGACAACACAGUGAUACUGGAUGAGAUGACCCUCCGGCACAUGGUCCAGGACUGCACAGCUGUAAAAACUCAGUUACUCAAACUCAAACGUCUGUUGCAUCAGCAUGAUGGAAGCGGAUCAUUGCAUGAUGUUGAGCUAUCAUUGCCAUCCAGUCCAGAGCCAGAAGACGGUGAUCAGAUAUAUAAGAAUGAAGAUUUAUUAAAUGAAAUAAAAGAACUUAAAGAGGAAAUAAAGAAAAAAGAUGAAAAAAUCCAACUAUUAGAGCAUCGGCUUGCAACCCGGUGUAACUGCCACCAGAAAUCUAAAGAGGAAAAGUGUACAUUUGCUGAUAAAUACACCCAGACACCCUGGAGAAGAGUCCCUCCUCAAGUACUACAGCCUUCCAGCAGCCUUCCCAGACCUACAGACCACGCCCAGGGAAAACUAAUAAAGCCACAACAUAUCGAGGCCCACAGUGAAUAUACAGUCCAAGGCAUGUGUCAGAGUGGAGCACAUCCAGAUGGAAGCUGUACACAUGGCUUGCAACAAGAAAACAGCUAUGGUUUGGAAGACCGUCCUUUUUCGUCAAGCCCACAGUUCACAGUGGAUGUGGUGAAGGACAUACCUUCUGAAACGAGCCUGAGCAUGACUAUGAAUGCUCAAGAGCCUUCUUAUUUGGCAAAGAACCAAACUAGUGACGUGCAGUUUGUACCCAAACCUCAGACACCUUCCCAGUCAAGUACAGUGGACCAGACUAAGAGAGUUGGAAGAAACCAGUCUCCUCAGCCCAAGUCCUUGCAGCAUUUAAAGCCAUCCAUCUUGAGUUCUUCAGCACCACCUCCAGAUUCUGAUUCAUCAUCAAGUAGGACUUCCACAUGUAAGAAGGCACCAGUAAUUGCACAAUGUAAUUCAAAACAUCAGCCAACGUCUAAUCAAAACAAUCUUGCAAAUAAUUUAAAUCUGAAAGCAUCUAAACUCCGUCCCCCUUCUGGCUCUUUCAAGCAAAAACAAAUAAUCAGUCCCCAACUAGAAUCUCAAACCAAGACAAACAUCCCAAGGCCAUUAGCACGACCAAAAGAACUGCAGAAUCCACACGGCAGUUUGCAUUCUGGGGAUUGUGUGGCCUCUAAUCGAUAUUCUCGUCUUCCUAAACCAAAGAUACAUUAAGUGCAUAGCCAUCAUCUGCCAAUUUGUCUUUUGAAAACAGUCUGCUCUGUAAUAGCUUUAUGUGCAGUUUAUUACUAUGUUGGAGGUUCCAUUACAGCAAAUCUUAAAAUUAAAACGGAGAAGCUUCUACUA